AACAUUCUAGAGUGUGAAGGCGGUCAUGCGUUAGCUAGCUUACAUUAGGCUUGCUCACUUAUUUACCGGGAUUAGCCAGUUUGAUAACGUUCUCUCAAUUAACUCAUUCUAUUAAAGCCAACACAUUUGCUUGUUAAGUACUAUAGUUGGCUAGUUAUCACUUCCUGAUCUGUCUCACUUUGGUGUGGCUAAUAAUUGCUGUCUAAGUUAGCUAGCUAAGCUAGUUGAACAGCGACUUUUUCUAUGUUCUGACAUUGCUCCAGCUAAACCAAAGAUAUUGAUGCCCGAACUGACAGUCAUUUAACGUUGGCUGGAUGAGUAUGUUGGGGGUAAACGAGAGUCAAAAAGAUGGCUGACACAGAGCAAACAAGUGCCCCUCCCCCUCAAUUAGGGCCAGUGCAAUUCAUGUUGGCUAACAAACUAGAGACGGCAAUGUGGCUCUCACGGCUCUUCACCAUCUAUUGCUCAGUAAUGUUCAUUCUACCACUCUUAGGACCCCAGGCGGCUGCCAAUUUCUACCAGCGUGCGCUGCUGGCCAACGCCCUCACCAGUGCUCUGCGACUACACCAGAGGCUCCCCCACUUCCAGCUCAGCAGGGCCUUUCUAGCCCAGGCACUCCAAGAGGACAGUUGUCACUACCUGCUGUACUCCCUCAUCCUGGUCAACUCUAACCCCAUCACAAUGAGCAUAUUCCCAGUCUUCCUCUUCUCGUUGCUUCAUGCAACUGCCUACACAAAGAAGGUUCUUGAUGCAAUGGGCCCCAAUAGCCUGCCCUUUGUGAGGAACUUCCUCAACAAGCUCACAGCCAACCAGCAGAACAUCCUGAAGUUCAUCGCCUGCAACGAGAUCUUCCUCAUGCCAGCCACCGUAUUCAUGCUAUUCAGUGGCCAGGGAAGCUUGCUGCAGCCUUUCAUUUACUACAGGUUUCUAACUCUCCGCUACACCUCAAGGAGAAACCCAUAUUGCCGCACCCUAUUCUCAGAGCUGCGGAUUCUGCUGGAGCAUUUCAUCAUGAAGCCCGCCUGCCCAGCCUUUUUCAGAAAGAUGUGCCUCAACAGUAUCGCCUUUAUGAGUCGCCUGGCCCCCACCGGAGUGUGACCUCACUUCCUGUCCCCCCCACAACCACAGUUUGUACUGUAAGGGGUGUGGCGACAUGUCAACUCCAAAGGGACCGACGAGCAACAACAGAGUAAAAUACAUUUGAAUGUUACAUGUCAGGUCUGUGUUCCUGCUGCUCUGUUCAUUUGCUACAGCGGAGGCUUAGGCUCAGCCUGGGAUGCACUGAAAAUCCCCCGAUAUUUGUUUUUUAAAUGGCUUUAUGGAGUAGCUGGACACUCACUCACCCUCCUCCACCCCCCUUUCUCUCUCUUUGGGAAGAACACCAGCUGACUAUCUGAUGUGUUCUACUUCUUCUAAGGAUUGACCUUAUGAUGGUAAUUGUCUUUGGUCUGUCCUGUAUGAUUUAUUUAUUUAUGGAAAAUACUUGUUCUUCUCUUGCAAAAAAAUAUUAACUUCUGAGAUUAGAUAUUUAAUUUAAGUUGUACUAAUAUUCAUAGUUGUAAUUCUUUUUUUAUUAAUCAUAUUGUUUUUCAAAGGCAACGAGAUGUCAGUUGCUCUGCGAUUUCUACAUCCACCAAUUCCAUUUUAUACAUUUAUUUUUUCUUACGUGGAAAGCAUCGGUUGUUAUGAUUGUCUUAACAUAAAUUUUUCUCUUUGAAAUUCAAAUGUGAUCUAUGCCAUGUAACUCACUACUUGGAAAUAAGAGAAAGGGGAAUACCUGCUGUACUUCUGAAGACUUGAAUGGUACAAGGACAUGCAGUCAAAGGAUUUAUGCUAAAAAAUGAAACAGUUUCACUAUACCAGCAGUUCCUCAGUCUGCACAUGGUAUGCAGUAAAUGGGAAGGACUAGGCUGGCUUCAAAUGCAAGUGUAUAGUUGCAUUUUGAAUAGGUUUUCUAAUUUAAAAAUGUCUUCAAUUCAACUGAUUCGUGGCUAAUACCCCUAGUUUUACAGUUCACUGCAUGCCCACAUUGCCAUGUUAAAUGUAUUUAUUAUUUACUUGUAGAGAAACCGUUUGUGUAGAUCUGGAAUAAAUUCAUCCAUUUUAAAUCAAUAAAAUAUUAAAGAAA